GGACACUCGAAAUUCGUCAGCCAAGAUUCCAACCGUCCAAGCAGGUGUUUGGUAGUAGGACGUUUCUUUAAGGAGUGGAUUCUCUGGCGUUGCCUUGUCCGAGGGCUGUAACCUUUAAGACCUCCACAUAUCGCUGUCGUCCCGCCAGUUAACAGGCACAAACCCAGCCUGCCUGGAGAGUCUGAGAGUGAGGCUAACAGCCCAGCUUAGCCGGCUGCCGCUGUUGCGUGUGUCAAUAGACACCAAUCCCGACGCCGCAUCUUCCCAAGAGGGAUCCUGCACGACCAUUGAUUGUCGUGGCGUCCCUGCAGUCGACUUUGCUCAGCUCCCCUCCCCCCUCUACUAGGUAUAUGGGUUCUAUUGCGAGAAUUCCGAAUUAAAAAAACUCGGUGAUGAUUCGCAAGUCUUCCCUUUGACAGUUUGACAGCAAAGUCCGAGUUACACAUCGUCUACCAUCUCACCCGCGACCUCUGGGUGGUACCACGUCCGACUUCGUCUUUCUCAACACUGAUCGAGGACCUUUCUCAAGAAAUGUCAAAUGGCCAGCUGGUACGUCGGAGGGACGGAGAUGUCGCGCUCCUCAAGCGACUCAUCUCUCCCCGACGGCCCAUAUCGUCGACGUCGUCAGCACGUCGAGCACAAGAAGCGCCGUCCCAGCUACUCUGAACUCUCUAGCCUUCCGGAUGACUUCAACAAAAUGUUUCAACCGUUUAAGCGCCACCGGUUUGUCGACCACCCCGAUACCUUCGAAGCCAUGGAUUUUGAACAGACCCUGGCCCGUCCGGCUUUCUUCAUCAUUAAGGAGGGAAACUCCGGCCCCGGCUCAUCCGGGCUCGGUCAAGUAAUGGUCGAAAACUCCGUCGCGGCCCACCACCGCGCCGAAUCUACGAUGCGGCCUGGCUCUUUCCAGCACUACAGGGUGCAUUCGGACUCGCCCGCCAUGAGCCGUCCCACUCACGCUGACCAAGCCCAUGACGAAGCGGCCAAGCUCGUCGCGGCCGACCUCGCGGAUCCUCGCCGGAGGAGCAGGGUCUCCCAGCACGAGCGGAUUCUGAGGAGCCUCAUCUGUCCCAAGUCGCCCGAGGCCGAGUUUGACAUAGACGACGUCGCUCUGCAGGGCAUCUUCUACGCGGCUAACGAAAUCUUCUUCCACGGAAAACUGAAGGGUCGUGUCGCAUGGGCGUGGAGGGACUUACCCAGCUGCCUCAUCGGCACCACCGCACUGAGGAGGUCGCCACUCACCGAUGGCUACGAGACGCUCAUCUUCCUGUCGCGACGCAUUCUUAAGGACAAGAGGUACAACAGGCGUCUGCUCAUCUCGACCUUCAUCCACGAGCUCAUCCACAGCUACCUAUUCGUCUUUUGCGGCUUUCAAUCUAAAGAGUGCGGCGGCCACACCAACGGAUUCCAACGCAUAGCCAACCUCAUCAACGAGUGGGCCGGCCCUGACCUCCUAUAUCUCCACAAUAUAGAAGCCAAGCUUAGCGAUUUCGAGACCAAAGCCGCAGCUCUACCUAGGGACUCGGAUUUCAACAGCUGGAGCACGCCGUGGUCGCACAACCUUACUACCGAAGACUACUUCUUCCCGAGCCAUCACCAAUGCAGGUUGUUGCCUGCUUUACGUUUACUGGACCGGGACUUUCCAUUGACGAGCCGUUGACGUCCCCCCGGUCCUGCGGCUGCGUCUCGCGAGCCGAGAGGCAGCUUAAUGUUACCCCGCAUAGGGCUAGAUCUUUUCCACAAACUCUUCGCAUCAUACCCUACCCUACCUUACCCUACCUUACCUUGCCCUACCCUCCUCGACCUUACCUUACCCUACCCUACCCUCCUCGACCUUACAUACAUAUACGCACAUACAUAUAUGCACACACAUACACACAUACAUAUCUUGGGUUACCUAACCUACAUAUAUACUCACCCUUCAUUUCAUUACUUUCCUUUGUCGUAUACAGGCAUGGCGACGGCGUAUCGUUAUAUACCCCUACCUAGAUUCGGGACGGAACUACUAUUAUUACUACUGGGAAACUUGGGGGUUUUCGUUGGCACGUCGAGAUGAAUAAUUCGUUCUAGAGCAGCAUAGCGCAUGAGACUUUUUUUUUUUUUUCUUAUUAUUAUUAUUCUUAGUUAUGGGAAAUGGCAAAUGGCAAAUGGUGUUUGGAAGUUUUCAAUUUUUUUAUUUUUUUUUGAAGUACUACUUACUACUCUACUGUUGUUUUGAUGUUUAUGCCCCCCUUUUACGCGUCACGGCCUGUUAUUUGCAUGUUGGAAAGAAGAAAGAAGAAUGUUCUUGUUGAUAUUGUUGUUGAUCCUCGAAUCUAGUACAUAUAUGUAGGUAGCUAACAUGUAUCCCAAUCGAUCCCCGUUAUAGAUAUACGAUACGACGAAUAGGAAAAAGUGCGAGUGUCGAGAA